UGUCUAUGAUAGGAAAUGCGACGUCAUUCAAAGAAGAAUAUUCUUUUGGCCGUGGUGCUCGCUGCAGGGGGAUUCUACUUCUUCAUUUCUGGCUCGACAAAGUCACAGGAAGUAACUCCAAAUGAGUUAAGUUGGGAAGCAGAGAGGUUGGUUAGUAAGGAGUCCUGGGUGGAACAAGGAGAUUACCUGCCUCUCAAUGUGUCCUACCUGGUGCUGGCAGGAACAUUAUCUCCUCAACAGAGGUAUUUGUCUGUCGGGAUAUCAUCGGUGAAGAGGGAGAAGGGCAGCUACCUGAUCCCCACCUUGCAAUCCCUGUUCUCCCAGUCAUCGCCUGAAGAGCGUUUUUCCAUGGUGGUGGUGGUACUGCUAGCAGAUUUCAACGUCAGCUGGAGGGUUGCUACAGUGAGGGAUAUCAAAGCCACGUUCACCUCAGAGCUAGAGCAAGGCCACCUGGUGAUCCUGCACGUUCCGGAGGAGUUUUACCCCCCUCUUACAGGUCUUAAGAGGAACUACAACGACGCUCCAGAAAGAGUGUCGUUCCGUUCCAAGCAGAACCUGGAUUACGCCUUCCUAGUCCACUACAGCAGCGCUCUCGGUCGGUACUACCUCCAGCUAGAGGACGACGUCUCCUCCGCUAAGAACUUUCUCACCACCAUCAAGAGACGUGUUGAGGAGCAAGAAGCCAAGAAAACUACAUGGGCAAUGCUGGAGUUUUCCUCACUUGGCUUUAUAGGGAAACUCUACAGAUCGGCUCACCUCCCGCAACUUGUCCGCUUCCUCUUCCUCUUCUACCAGGAAAUGCCUUGCGACUGGUUGAUGUCACACUUCAGAGAAUUGCUCACUCAGAAAAAGCCAAUCCUCUUGAAACCCUCACUGUUCCAGCACAUGGGGACUUUUUCCUCGUUCCAAGGGACGUACAACAAACUAAAGGACAAGGAUUUCGAAGAGGGGUUAUACUCCAAUCCUCCAGCAGAGGUCUACUCCGAUAUGUCCACCUACCAGAAACACCUCCCCAAACUGGCAUGGGAUGCCGGGGAGGGAUUCUUUUGGGGACGCUCCCCAGAGAAAGGAAACUACCUAACUGUAGUGUUCACACAGCCUACAGUGGUUACAGAGAUAUUUGUGGAAUCUGGGUCGGGAGGGAAAGACCUCCUGGAGUCAGCUUCGGUGGAAAUAGGCCACAAUGUGGUUACCACCGAAAAAGAGGAGAAAAGUUGCAAGGAGUUCCAGUCAGUAGGGACAAUAGAGAACGGGAGGUUCAACAUGCAGGAGAUAGACAAAAAGUACAGCUCUGAGUCUUCCUGUCUCAGAAUACUGGUCACAGCCGGACAGAAGGAUUGGGUAAUCAUCAGGAAAAUCAGGAUCACAACAAAGACAAGUACACGUCCUCCACACCAAGCACAGGUGUGAGUUUGUUUUCCUGCCAGAUUAAUAAUUUAUCUCUGUGUGAUCUGCCGGACCUUGUGUAGACGAAACACAAGGCUUUUGUGCCUUGUUAAACAGUUUCAUUGGUGAAACUAUAAUCACACGCUUAAUGAAACUGUAAAGCCAUGAAGAAAAUGUUUGACCAAACUCUGAAAUAAUGUUUCCUCAACAUAAUAAAGAUGAUAAACG